AUGGCGCCGCGUCCACUAUGCUGCGAGGUCCCUUCCCCGCCUGCCCCUCCUCGUGCCGGUGUUCGCUGCUUCCUCCGUGGCCAUGCUCCACUCCUCCGCCCCGUCCCCAAGCCAAAGGCACCGGAGUCCCUCUGCUCCUACCUCUUCUCGUCCCCGAUGCCUGCCUGCCGCCACCCGUCGCCCGUGCAGAACCUCGGGUCCGCGCCAGCGCCGCGUAAGAUGAACACGAUGAAAAAAAGGCCAGCGACACCAGUGUCGUGCCGCCCACGCGCCCCUAUGCGGCUUCCUGCGGCACAGAGCACGCCGGUAAGCGUCCUAGCAUACAGGGUGGUCGACCACAUGGACGACGGCCAACAGCUGCUCGAGGAAAUGCCAGCAAGAUUCGUUUUUUUGUGUAGGCUAACGUCAGCUACAAUUGAUAUUCCUAAGAGUAGUAAUGUAGAUCCUGAGAUGGCGUAA